CCUUUACUACUAGUUUUGUCUAUGACCACAACACCACAUCUAACAUCUCUUAGUAAAGAUGGGGGAGAGGUUGCAUAGUCAAAAAAGCUAUGUUUGCUCAUUUUUUGAUUGUAAAGCUAAAUUCAGUAAGUCAUGGAAGCUAGAGGCUCAUCUUUGCAAGCACACAGGAUUGAAACCAUUCUCCUGUGACAACUGUGACAAGAGCUUUUGCACUCGCUAUCAGCUCACCAGACAUGAGCUCACUCACAGUGGAGAAAAACCACACAAGUGUCUGGCUGAUGGAUGCUCUGAGGCCUUUGUCACAAACACCAGCAUGAAGAACCACAUGGCUCGAGUUCACCAGCUCAAGGAGAGGCGAUAUAGUUGUGACCAGAAGGGCUGUGGCAAGGAUUUCAACAAGAGGAACCAACUGAAAGCACAUAUGUGUGAGCACCAGCAGCUUCUGCCAUUUCAUUGUACUUUCAGUGGCUGUGCUAGAGAAUUUCCCACUCAUGGAAAACUGAAGCAUCAUGAGAGAAUGCAUGCAGGUUACCCUUGUGAGAAUGAAGCAUGUCCUUUUCAGGGAAAGACAUGGACAGAAUAUCAGAAGCACAGAAAAGAACAUAAGGUCAAGGUGCCGUGUGGAGAGUGCAAAAAGCUGUUUAACAACGCCUGGUUCUUGCGCCAGCAUGGGCUGCGUGUCCACUCUGGGGAGAAGAGGAUAUUGUCGUGCCCCAGAGAAGGGUGCAAUAAAAAGUUCACUCGGUGCUUCAACUUGGAGAAUCACAUACUGGGAGAACAUGAGGGCAAGAAGCCGUUCAGCUGUGCGUUUGCUGGGUGUGGGAAGACCUUCACCAUGAAGGAAAGCCUGUGGCGACAUGGAGUGGUGCAUGACCCAGCAAAGAAAAAGCUGAAGAAACUGCAUCCUAAAAAGAAUCAGCCCUGGCAUCUGGCACAGCGGGCCAGACUGGCAGCUGCAGCCAAUCAAGCAGAGACCAACAAGCUUACUGAAAAGCUGCGCAACACAACUUUAAAGGAUAACAAAUCUUGAGGCCACGUUAUACAAAUAUCUGUUAAUUAAAUGGUGAAACAAAUCUAAUAUUUCUGUUUAAUAUAGUUCUGUUUAAUAUAGUUUUGUUUAUGUAAAAUAAAGCCUCAUUAAUGCAGCAC